AUUAUUCUUUUUGAUAUUGUUUUCUUCUCGUUACCACAUCUGAGGUGUACUUGUUGCAACAGUACCAAUUCCUGCUACCUGUUCGCACUCUCAACCCUCAAACGAGUGUACUACUGAUCUUCGCUGGCUGUUGCCCGAACUUUCCUAUCUGAAGAUAACAGUUGCCAACAAGCCCACUACACAGUAUUGAUUUUUGCUAUACUUUGGUGCUUUAACGAAAGAUACAGAGCUAUAGGGCCACAAACAGUUUAUACCUAGACCGUGCUACUGAUCAUAGUUCAUUGUUUAGUGUACUCUGGUAUUCAAUAGAGACUUGCUGUGAUUCAUAUUACAACUCACAUUCUCUCAUAUUUCCACUUCCAUUGUUUGCUCAACAGAAAAUCUUGCCAUACAUAGUAAUCUUAAGCCCACAUCACUAUCAUGGCUGAGAUCUUGUCCUUAGUUCCAGAUACUCCUGGAGCUCGUGCCUUCAACCUCCACCACAGAUCGUUCAAGUACUACCAGAACUUCCGCGAUAUAGUUGCCUAUUUGUUUUCCAAGGGAAACAAUGAGGCAGACACAAACUACCCCAUAGUUGUUGUUGUAGAUGAAACCGAAGGCGGAACUUCUACAGCCACUUCAUUGCAUGAGUUGUCUUUUUCAGACAAGAAGUUGGUGCUCAAGUAUUUCUUCAUCCACCAGAAUAUAAUCAUAGUGCUGCCCCGAGAUCUCAAUCCUGACUAUAUCAACAACAAGAUUACUCAAGUGACGAAUUUGAUCACGAACCGUAUCUCUCGUGUAGAGACAUGGACGGGAACAGGCACAAACUCAAUCAACGACUUCUACUCGCAAGAGGAAGACUUGGAGCUCGGGGAAGUCAUUUCCACCAUGUCGUUUCUCUUGAGCAAUAACACGAACAAAUCGUCGCAAACCACCGAGCAUAUCAUCUACCUCAAAGACUUGAUCAUUGCAGAUAUCGAUUUCAAGAGUUUGCUUUCGAACCAUACGCCUGAGCAUUUGGCCCGUUUAUGCCAUGCUGUUGGCCACUGGGCAUUCCCGGCACACGAGUUAUCAAACGACGACUUGGUAUACUGUGUUUUCUUGAUGUUCAAAUAUGCCUUGAAGCAAGUGAAAAAGAAUCACAGCGGAAGCUUGUUGCAUAUACCUACAUCUAACGAAUUGUUGGCAUUUGUCUUCAUGGUAAGAGACACUUACAAGAAUGGCAACCCGUUCCACAACUUUCGUCAUGCUGUUGAUGUAUUACAGGCAUGUUUCCACUUUUUGAUCAGAUUGGACUGUUUGCCUGUCUUCAAGCAGUUGAAGAACGACCCUAAGUCCGACGAGCUUGCAUUUCUCCAAACCAACCUGAUUAUUUUGCAUAUUUCUCCAGCUCACUCUCCCAACCACUUAAACCAUUUGCAGACUCUUGGUUUGUUGGUGGCCGCAUUAGGUCAUGAUGUUGGUCAUCCAGGUGUCACCAAUGCAUUCAUGAUCAAGAAUUUUGCACCUACAUCAAUCUUGUUCAAUGACAGGUCGGUUUUGGAGCUGUUCCAUUCGUCUGUCUUCAUCAACAAGAUCUUAGCCGUCAACUGGCCCUCGUUGUUGACUGUGUUCACCGAAUCUGGAGAGUCAGUUUCUGGUUUGUCGCUCCGAGAAAUCAUCAUAUCAAGCAUAUUGGCAACAGACAUGGCUGAGCACUUCGAAUAUAUCGAUAGGUUAAAGAACUUGAAGUCACAUGAUUUCAUCAAGCACAACAACCGGGUCAAAUUGAUCUCGUCGCUUUUGAUCAAGUGUGCUGAUAUCUCGAAUGUCACUCGUCCGUUGAGAGUGUCUUCUCAAUGGGCCAUGGUUUUAGGUAGAGAAUUCGACGAAGUGGCCAUGCUUGAAAAGAAGAUUACCCUGGAAGACCACCUUGGAGACUUAGACACUGCUAAGGACUUGACCUACACCAAGGUGCCGUUGAGCUUGAACGAGAUCUUGAAGUCUACACCAAACUUGCAUAAGGGCCAGAUCUUUUUCAUCAAUACUUUUGCAGAGAAUUUGUUCAGCAACAUCGCCGAGUUGUUGCCGGAGUUAAAAUACACCUGCGAUAUCAUCCGCGAGAAUAAGGAAUUUUGGGUCAACCGGGAUAAGGCAUAGUUAGCUAAUGUACUAUAGAUGGAUAUACAACAAUAAUAUGAUAUAGGUUAUGUC